AUGUCAUCAUCAACAAACGAAAACUUGUUAAACUCGGAACUCGAGUCUUUUCGACAGAAAUGGCUCUCAGAUCUCAAAACCAGAAACGACCAUCCAGAGCCACCUGCUGAGACAUCCGGAGGGUCAUCCUCAUCGAGACGGCCUCAUCAUGGUCCUAUCUCAUCAUUGCCUCACAAGCCCGCACCUGCGCCGACAGAUGUUGGUGAAGAUGAAGAUGAUUACGUGCAGAGCCCUUCUUUUGACCGGGAGGAACCUGCUUUGACGCAGCCGUCCCAGGAGACCCAUCAUGAUCGCAAGGGAAAGCAGCUUGUUUCUGCUCUGGAUCAUUUUGAGGAGGCGAUGCAUAAAGAGGAGCAGGGCAAUAUGGGUGAUAGUCUCAAGCUUUACCGCAAGGCCUACCGCCUUGAUAAUGGUGUUGAUCGGAGAUAUCGUGAGAAGCACUUCCCUCAAAAGUCAGCUCCACGACCCGUUUCGCCAACAGCUACCAAAGCAUCCACUCCAGCAAGCGUGCCAGAGGCACAACCCCCCAAACCAGAGGAGCCCGUAGAGUCAAAGCCUCUGCCUAUAGGAGAACUCAUCGCUAGUUUCGCCGGUUUGAAGAUUGAACCAGCUCCGCCUCCUGUCGAGGGCAUGCCAGAGCCACCCUGCCCGCUGGCUGAUCUUCCCGAUGAAAUCCUCAUUCACAUCCUCCGCGACAUCGCCAUAGCAGACGUUGGAGAUUUUGCCCGACUAUCCCGCGUGUGCAAGCGUCUUGCCUACCUCGUCGCUUCAGAGCAGCGUAUCUGGCGCCGCGUAGCUCUUGGUUCAGAAGUCGGCUUCAGUUCUCAGCUGUACCGCUUCGAGAAGGGCGUAGAGUGGGAUGAAUUACCAGAAGAAGAGCAAGAAGGUCCAGAGAUUCAAGAUGGCUUCGUCGUAAGCCCCUCUGAGCUUGCACAGCGCAGAAAAGAUGCCAAUAUCGCUUUCACCGAGUCUUUGACACCGUCUGUGUACCCUACUUGGAAGAACCUCCUCCGCUCACGACCACGAAUCCGCUUCAACGGCUGCUAUAUUUCCACUGUCAACUAUAUCCGUACCGGACAAGCCUCGACGAACCAGCCUACAUGGGGUAGUCCGAUCCAUAUCGUGACUUACUACCGUUAUCUCCGCUUCUUCAGAGACGGUACUCUCAUCAGUCUUCUUACCACCAACGAGCCUGCGGACGUGGUGCAUCACCUCACACGUGACGAGCUCAACGUCCACCGAGGCGCUGCACAACCUCAUCUACCAUCAGCUGUGAUGGCUCUCGCUCUUCGCGGCCGAUGGCGCCUAUCAUCCGCUGCUGACAGGGAUGAUCCUGCAACCAUAGAUCUUCCAGUCUCGACUGUUGCAGGCUCAACUGCUGCAGGCGCGCAUGAUCGAGAUCGUGAUCCAGAAGGUGACGUCUUCAUUGAGACCGAGGGCGUUGGAUCAAAAUACAUGUACCGCAUGGAUCUCUCGCUUCGAAGUGCCGGCAAAGGUGCCCGCAAUAACAAGCUCAUGUGGCGUGGUUUCUACAGCUACAAUAAGCUCACAGAUGACUGGGCUGAGUUCCACUUGAAGAACGACAAACCCUACUUCUUUAGCCGUGUCAAGAGCUAUGGGUUUGCGCUGGAAGCAUAA